CGAAGAAUAUACUUGAUAUUGUUGCUACAUUUGGAAGAGUUGAAGACAAUAACCUCACCAGAUGGCACAAAAUUGUUGUUGCAGAUCUCUCAUGCCUGCCUUGAAAUUUGUUGAAGUGUCUCAUCCCCACUUCUCACAUAGGAGUGACCAUCCUUUCCAAUUGGAUUGGUUCCUGAACGACUUUCUAAGUGGAAUUAGGACGUUAUAUUAAAAAAAUAAAAAUGAGAAAAACACAAUGCACUAAAUAAGUAUAAUGAAAAGAGCCACCAAAGAAACCAAAGAACUGGGAAGAAAUUUCAAACAAAUCUUACGAAAUACGCUUCUUACCGGUCUCGAGCAAACUGCAUCCAGAAAACCUAGGCUGGAAUGGAGAGCCAGGUUAUUGAGUUUGACAUCGGCAUCGGACUGGGAUGUGGGAGUGAAGACGAAGACGGAGAUGGAGAUGGGUACGCCGCUCUGAAACACAUGGAGGAUGACGAUGAGACCAUGCCUGGAUCUUCUUCUCCCUCGCUCAGUAGCGACGCCGCCGCACAGUGUAGUGUGGAUGGGAUGUACACUUCCGCCCCUGGCGAACUCGAUCUGGAACCCUACGAGGGUAUGGAAUUUGAGUCUGAAGAGGCAGCCAAGGCUUUCUACAACUCGUACGCGCGCCGUGUCGGGUUCAGCACUCGGGUCAGUUCUUCCCGUCGAUCCCGCAAGGAUGGAGCCAUCAUACAGAGAUCCUUCGUCUGUUCUAAAGAGGGAUUCCGCAAUUUGAACGAGAAACGCACCAAAGACAGGGAGAUCAAACGGCCCCGCUUAAUCACCCGGGUCGGGUGCAAAGCAGCUCUCUCCGUCAAGAUACACGAUUCGGGCAAAUGGGUUGUAUCCAGUUUUGUCAGAGAUCACAAUCACGAGCUGGUCCCCCCUGACCAGGUCCACUGUCUUCGUUCCCACCGUCAGAUCUCUGGUCCAGCCAAGACCCUCAUCGACACCUUGCAGGCUGCCGGAAUGGGGCCUCGGAGGAUCAUGUCUGCCCUUAUCAAAGAGUAUGGCGGGAUCAGCAAAGUCGGGUUCACAGAAGUGGACUGCAGGAAUUACAUGAGGAAUAGCCGCCAGAGGAGCCUAGAAGGUGAUGUACAACUCCUUAUUGAUUACCUGAGACAGAUGGCUGCCCUAAACCCUGAUUUCUUCUAUGCCAUUCAGGGUGAUGAGGAUCAAUUCACCGGGAAUGUCUUCUGGGCAGAUCAUAAGGCAAGACAAGAUUACAAGUAUUUCGGAGACACCGUCACGUUUGACACGACUUACAGGUCAAACAGGUACCGAUUGCCAUUCGCACCCUUCACUGGAGUGAACCAUCAUGGGCAGCCCGUGCUGUUUGGUUGUGCAUUCCUAAUAAACGAAUCGGAAGCUUCGUUUGUUUGGCUUUUUAAGACGUGGCUUGCAUCCAUGUUUGGUGACCCCCCUCCUCUCUCAAUCACAACAGACCAUGAUGAACUGAUCAGGUCCGCCAUUACGCAGGUCUUCCCCGAGUCUCGUCACCGUUUCUGUAAGUGGCAUAUUUUCAAGAAAUGCCAGGAGAGGCUGUCUCACGUGUUUCUCAAGUACCCUAAUUUCGAAGCAGACUUUCACAAGUGUGUUAACUUGACGGAAUCCACCCAAGAGUAUGAAUGUUGUUGGUCUUCUCUGGUGGACAAAUAUGAGCUCAGGGAUCAUGAUUGGCUUCGAUCCAUUUACUUGGAUCGUAGGCAUUGGGUGCCUGUUUAUCUUCGUGACACUUUUUUUGCAGAAAUGUCCUUAACUCAGCGCAGUGACAUUAUGAACUCUUAUUUUGAUGGGUUUGUGAAUGCAUCAACAAAUCUGAACCAGUUCUUCAAAUUGUACGAGAAGGCGCUAGAGAGUCGCCAUGAAAAGGAGGUUAAAGCUGAUUACGAUGCUAUGAAUACCCUUCCCGCUCUGAAAACCCCCUCCCCUAUGGAGAAACAAGCAUCGGAGGUCUACACGAAGAAGAUAUUCAUGAGAUUCCAGGAGGAGUUGGUUGGCACUCUCACUUUCCUGGCAACCAAGGUUGAGGACAAUGGGGAAGCAACCACCACAUACCAACUCUCAAAGUUUGGCGAAGAUCAUAAAUUUUACUAUGUCCGGUUUAACGUUCUUGAGAUGAAAGCCACGUGCAGUUGUCAGAUGUUUGAGUUCUCAGGCUUGCUUUGCAGACAUGUGUUGGCGGUGUUCCGAGUGACAAAUGUUCUAACACUUCCCUCUCAUUAUAUUUUGAAGAGAUGGACGAGGAACGCAAAGAGCACUGUUGCACUUGAGGACCACGUUGCUGGCUCUUUCAAUCGCUAUCUGGAAUCGCACACUGUUCGAUAUAAUUUGUUGAGACAUAGAGCUCUUAAGUUUGUGGAAGAAGGGGCAGAAUCAGUUCACACAUACACAGCUGCAAUGGCUGCCUUGGACGAGGCUUCAAAAAAGGUUUCCCUAGCUGCUGCUGCUAACCGUGAUGGGAAGACCUCCACUUUGGAUGUGCGUAACCAAUGCGAAUCAAAUGCGGAUGGUACCCGGGAAAGUAUGAACAUCGAGGAUCAGCAUGGGAUCUUUUCUAAGCUGCUCACCGAGGAUGAGAUGGAUAGGAAGAUCCAACAACUAUCUUAUGAGUUGAGUUGUGCGAAUAGAAAGUGUGAAGUUUACCGCACAAACCUUGUCUCAGUUUUGAAGGAUAUAGAACACCAUAGACAGCAACUUUCAGUAAAUGUGCAAAAUAUACGGGUUGGCAUGAAGGACGACCGCCUCUGAAGAUAUUUUGUAUAGAGUAUUUUUCAAUAUUUAUUUUACAUUCUUUUAAAUAUUUAGAUAGGCAUUUUGUAAGUGAAGAACAUAUUUCCAGCUUCAGCCCACCAAAAAAAAUCAGAGUAUUCAAAACCAGGUAAUGAAUAGAAUGUUCUCUA